GCAUUUCAUCGAUUGCUUAUGCAAAUUCCAGCAAAUGAUUUUCAUGCAUGCAUUUCUUAAAUGAUGUCUGGAUUCGAAUUCUUGGAGGCAUAUGAGAAAUUCGGUGGAUGAGAAAAAAAAAAGAAAUAGAAGAAAUCUCGUGGGGAUUCCAACGUGCAGACCAAACCUUCUUUCUUUUAAUUUAUCAGAAGACAUGCAUGCCACGCCAUUCUUGUUAAGCUAAGUUAAUGUCGGAUUUGAUGAUUAAAAAAAAAAAUGUUGCCCUCCACAGAUUGUCCUUCAACGCCCAAGCAGGAUCUCUGAUUUGAGGGUUUCGCCUUUGCAGCGGCGGCCAUGUUAGCAAAGCUCGGAAAGAAGUUCGACUCGCCCGAGUCGAGCUAUGUUUCGUCUGAGAAGCCGAAAGAAUCUGCUCUCUGUGCCCAGCCCUUUGAUAACAUUCAUCAAUCUCAGCAAUCCCAAAAAGACUUGCAGAAGCAGAAGUUCAACCCCAAGAUGAUCGAUCAUUUGGUAAAACCAGAGCCGGCCGGAUUCAGCAAUCAUCAUCGUCCUGUUCCGAGCCCGAAGAUCCCGCCAUCGUCACCUGGUCCCAACAUGACCGAGUCGCUUAUGACCACAACCAUAACCACAAAGCCCAUCAACAACAACAACAACAGUAACUUGAGUUCAAGGAGCAACAGCAUUGACAGCACCUCCUCUGCUCCGUCAAAGCCCCACACAGGCGGAGACAUAAGGUGGGAUGCUGUGAACAUGCUGAAAUCCAGAGGCAUCCAACUCGGGAUUAGCGAUUUCCGCCUUCUGAAACGGCUCGGGUAUGGAGAUAUCGGCAGUGUUUAUCUGGUCGAGCUUAGAGGGACGGACACGUACUUCGCCAUGAAGGUGAUGGACAAAGCUUCUCUCGCUAGCCGGAACAAGCUUUUACGAGCUCAGACAGAGAGGGAGAUCUUGUCUCUGCUCGAUCACCCGUUCUUGCCCACUCUGUACACACACUUCGAGACCGACAAGUUCUAUUGCUUGGUCAUGGAGUUCUGCAGUGGCGGCAAUCUCUAUUCCUUGAGACAGAAGCAACCCAACAAGUUCUUCACAGAAGAUGCGGCAAGGUUCUUUGCAUCGGAAGUGCUAUUGGCAUUGGAAUACUUACACAUGCUAGGAAUCGUGUACCGAGAUCUGAAGCCAGAGAACGUUCUCGUCAGAGACGACGGUCACAUUAUGCUCUCCGAUUUCGAUUUAUCCCUCCGAUGCUCCGUCAAUCCAACCCUCGUCAAAUCUUCCUCCGUCCACGCCGGCGGAAGCGGCGGCCGAUCCUCCGGAAUCCUCGAAGAUGAUGCGGCGGUGCAAGGAUGUAUCCAGCCGUCGGCGUUCUUCCCCAGGAUCCUCCAAUCGUCGAAGAAGAACCGAAAAGCGAAAUCCGAUUUCGGGAUAUUCGUCAACGGAUCGUUGCCGGAAUUGAUGGCGGAGCCGACAAACGUCAGAUCGAUGUCCUUUGUCGGAACCCACGAGUAUUUGGCGCCGGAGAUCAUCCGAGGCGAAGGCCAUGGAAGCGCCGUCGACUGGUGGACCUUCGGGAUCUUCAUCUACGAGCUCCUCCACGGAACGACGCCGUUUAAGGGACAAGGGAACAGAGCGACGCUCUACAACGUGAUAGGGCUACCGCUGAAAUUCCCGGAAUACCCUCAGGUGAGCUCGGCGGCGAGGGACCUGAUCAAGGGCCUUCUGGUAAAAGAGCCUCACAAGAGGAUCGCGUACAAGCGAGGAGCGACGGAGAUAAAGCAGCACCCAUUCUUCGAAGGAGUGAAUUGGGCUCUGAUCCGGAGCGCGACGCCGCCAAAUGUGCCGGAGCCGGUGGACUUCUCCUGUUACACGACCAAGGAAAAGGACUCCUCGCCAGCGAUCAUGGCGGUCGCCGGGAAGAAAACUACGACGCACGGCGGUGAAAAAGACAACGGCGGUGGUAAUAGUGAUCCUAGCGAUGAUCCAGAUUACAUUAAAUUUGAAUACUUUUAGCAAAUAUGGUUUUUUUAAUUAAAACCAUAUUCUUGGAUUUAAAAAUAUUCUUUUUUUAUUACUGAAUUUGUAGAAAAUGGAAAUACACAUUGUUUCAUUGUUUUGUCUUCGUAUCAUUAGAAUACAACUUUGUUUUAUU